GAGGGGAAACAUUCCAGGUACACAAAGCUGUGUGAAACGAUGGCCUGCACGGAAGUUGAUGUGGAGGAGCUUCUGUCUCCAACUGAAGAGUUUUUACUUACAUACCUUAUGCCAAAGAAAUGUUACGAUUACUUUUUUGUCGACUUGAACGUUCUGCACGUGCCAUGCUGGAAGAUAGUUUUGAGCCAAACUGUGGGAAUUUGGAUCAUUCUUGGGACUGUGUUGGCGCAGCUCCCUCAGUUGUGGAGGAUUCUGAGAACCAGGAAUGCAUCAGGAAUCAGUUGGUGGUCUGUCUUAUUGCAUGUAUAUGCCAUCACAGGACCUCUUCUCUUUUGUAUCACCAAUAAUUUUCCUCUUGAAGCCUGGGCAGAGAGACUGUUCAUGUUAAUCCAGUGUUUGGCAAUGGGGUUUCUCAUCCAACACUACAAUAGGAACACCUUAAAAGGUGUUUUGUUCCUCCUGGCCUAUGCUGUUGUGAUGUUGCUCCUUACAUUUGCCCUGACUUCGCCCCUGGUCCCUGAAUGUAUUGUGUCCGUGAUGCAAGCCUCCAGCAUGCUGGCUGUUGUUGUAAGCCGGGUGAUUCAGGUAGCCACUAACUACCUCCACGGCAACACAGGCCAGCUGUCACCUAUGUCCGUAUUCCUAGUUUUCACUGGCUCCCUUGCUCUCGUCUUCACAUCUCUACAGGAGACUGGAGACUGGAGCUGUUUGUCUACUCUGACCCAUCUGAUAGCUGCUUCUCUUAGCUGCCUGCUCCUGGCCCAGGUGGUGUGUUACCAGGAUUGCAGUACUAAAGAUAAGACGGAGUAGUAGUUGAUCAGUCAUUAGUGUGUGUGUCUGUGUGUUAUCCAGGCUAACAAUACAUUUAUGGACCAGAAGGCCCCACAAAGAUAGUAACACCGAUCAGUCUAAAAAAAAUUUUGCAAAGACCUUGCUGGGGAAAAAUUUCCAGCUUAGGAGUUAGGGCAUAGGGAAAAUGUAUAAUUGGUCACAGUGGUAAGGGGUUACUUUCAGGUUAGGUACAGAUUAGGCAUUAGGACCAGGUAAAAUGUAUGUUAGGAUUGGAUUUAAGUUUAGGGCUAAGGGAUUGGAACUUCUGGUGCCCACAAGGAUAACAAAUAACUGUGUUUGUGUGUGUGCAUGUCUACGGUUCUGUUCUGUAAAAUUUGGUCUUAAUGUUUCAGGUCACAAAACUGUAUUUUUACACUGACAGAAAUUGCAUUGUUGCUUGGAAACCAUAAAUACUGUGAUUCUCAUUGGGGCCUCUAGAGAGAGACAGAGCUCAAUUUUCAAGCCAAACUUGAGGAAAGCUGAUAACUGUUAUGUCUUUAAAAAAUAAAUAAAGAACACACAUUUU